GCCGCACUCGCAGCUUUUCCUCUCCAGUCCGUGGGCAUUGUUGUAAAAACAGAAGGACAAUACAAGAAUAGAGUGGCGGAUAAUAGAGCCUCAAAAGGGGCUUCAGGGAAUCUGUCCUCUAUUGGACCUGAGUGCAUGAGGCACUAUAUGAGAGCCGUGUGUCGGCUGAAGUUUAGUUUCACAGGCAGCGAGCAGACAGACAGAGGAGGCAUGACUCUGAGACGGAGUCCAAGUUUUGCGGUGCUGUGCGUUCAUGUGCUUUUGCGGUGCCUGUGGAUGAGGGUUUGUGAGGCAUCGGGGCACUUUGAGAUGCAGGUUUUGUCCAUGCAGAACUUGAACGGGGAGCUGCAGAGCGGCGCGUGCUGUGACGGCGCGCGCGUCGCGGCGGACCGCUCAUGUACGGCGGAUGAGUGCGAUACGUUUUUCCGCGUCUGUUUGAAGGAGUAUCAGUCGCGGGUGUCUUCGGGAGGCCCGUGCAGCUACGGAAGCGGAUCUACUCCCGUUAUCGGUGGGAAUACUUUUUCUGUCAAGCCCCUCGACGGCGCGAGCGAUAAAUCCAGGAUCGUGCUGCCCUUCAGUUUCGCCUGGCCGAGGUCAUAUACGUUGAUUGUGGAGGCUUUGGACUUCAAUAAUGACUCAAGCACUGGCAGCAUUAAUGGUCAGGUCAUAGAGAAAGCGGUCCAGUCAGGCAUGAUCAACCCAAACCGUCAGUGGCAGGUCUUGAAACACAACGGCCCCGUGGCUCAGUUCCAGUACCAGAUUCGGGUGACCUGCGACGAGCACUACUUCGGCUUUGGCUGCAAUAAGUUCUGUCGGCCCAGAGAUGACUUCUUCGGCCACUAUACCUGCGAUCACAAUGGCAACAAGACCUGCUUGGAGGGAUGGGCUGGCCCAGAAUGCAACACUGCCAUCUGUAAGCAGGGCUGCAGCACUGAGCAUGGCUCCUGUAAAGUGCCUGGAGACUACUUGAACACCUGUGGUACGCGACAGCCCUGUCUGAAUGGCGGCACCUGCAGUAACACAGGACCAGACAAAUACCACUCGGAUAACGCCUGUCUGUCUGAGCCGUGUCUGAACGGAGGCAGUUGUGUGGAGUCCAGUCAGGGCUUUGAGUGUCAGUGUGCGCCGGGCUGGACCGGACCGUCCUGCAACAUCAAUGAAGAUGACUGCAGUCCGAACCCGUGCAAUCACAGCGGCGUGUGUGUGGACCUGGUGGACGGUUUUAAAUGCAUCUGCCCCACGCAGUGGACUGGAAAGACCUGUCUCAUUGAUGCUAAUGAGUGCGAGGAAAGCCCAUGCGUCAAUGCCCUCUCCUGCCGGAAUCUGAUUGGCGGAUACUUUUGCGAGUGCCUCCCUGGUUGGAUGGGCCAGAAUUGCGACAUCAAUGUCAACGACUGCCACGGACAGUGUCUUAACAGAGGACUGUGUAAGGAUCUUGUGAAUGGAUAUCGAUGUGUGUGCGCAGCAGGCUUUGCAGGUGAACACUGUGAGCGAGACGUGGACGAGUGCGCUAGUCGCCCCUGUCUCAACGGCGGACGCUGCCAGGACGCUGUCAACGGAUUCCAGUGUCUGUGUCCACCUGGUUUCUCAGGUGCCACGUGUCAGCUGGACAUAGACUACUGUGAGAGUGGCGCGUGUCAGAACGGAGCUCAGUGUUUUAGCCUGGCCUCAGAUUACUACUGUAAAUGUCCCGAAGAUUACGAAGGCAAAAACUGCUCCCAACUUAAAGACCACUGCCUCAUCACACCAUGCCAAGUGAUUGACAGCUGCACGGUUGCCGUGGCGUCUAACAGCACUCCGGGCGGCAUGCGGCUCAUCUCCUCUAACGUUUGUGGUCCUCACGGCCGCUGUCGAAGUCACGCCGGAGGGCACUUCAGCUGCGAGUGUCAGGAGGGAUUCACCGGCACGUACUGCCAUGAGAACAUCAACGACUGUGAAAGUAGUCCCUGCCGUAACGGCGGUACUUGCAUUGAUAAAAUCAACGCGUACCAGUGUAUCUGUGCUGAUGGCUGGGAGGGACACAACUGUGAGAGCGACAUUGACGACUGCAACAUGAACCCCUGUCGGGAUCGAGGAGUGUGCCGUGAUCUGGUCAAUGACUUUUACUGCGAGUGUGAAAACGGCUGGAAGGGAAAGACCUGUCACUCACGCGAGAGCCAAUGUGACGAGGCCACUUGUAACAAUGGGGGCAUGUGCUCUGACGAAGGCGACUCAUUUAAGUGCAUGUGUGCUCCUGGAUGGGAAGGAGCUACCUGUAACAUAGCAAAGAACAGCAGCUGCCUGCCGAACCCCUGCGAGAACGGAGCCACGUGUGUCGUGACAGGUGACAGCUUCACCUGUGUCUGCAAAGAAGGCUGGGAGGGGCUCACCUGCAGCCAGAAUUCCAAUGAUUGCAACCCACAACCAUGCUAUAACAGCGGGACGUGUGUGGACGGUGAUAACUGGUACCGCUGUGAGUGUGCCAGUGGAUUCGCAGGGCCGGACUGUCGCAUCAACAUCAAUGAGUGCCAGUCGUCUCCCUGUGCGUUCGGCUCCACGUGUGUCGAUGAAAUUAACGGCUACCGCUGCCUGUGUCCACCCGGCAGAACCGGGCCCAGGUGUCAGGAAGUCACCGGACGUCCGUGUGUGGUCGGAGGACGGAUUGCUGUAGAUGGAGCAAAGUGGGCUGAAGACUGUAACACCUGUUACUGUCACAGGGGGAUUGUCAGCUGUACAAAGCUGUGGUGUGGCCCUAAACCUUGCCGGAUGCUUGGCUCGGGACGAGGCGACUGUCCUCUGGGUCAGCUGUGUGUGCCGGUGCGAGACGAGCAGUGUUUCGUGAAGCCCUGCUCCUCACAGGGCGAGUGCUGGUCUGCUCACCGGCCAGCCAUGAGGGCCCGCUGUGACCCCGAGAGCGACUGCGCCAACAUCACCUUCACCUUCCACAAGGACACCAUGCCACAGGGAGUGACGGUGGAGCAGGUGUGUCGUGAGCUGAGGCAUCUGUAUGUGGCUAAAAACGUUUCAGCUGAGUUUUCCAUCUCUCUGAGCUGUGAACUCUCUUCUGCCGCCAGUAAUGAGAUCCAUGUGGCCAUCCAUGUGACUGAGGAUGGCAUUCACGGCCGGGUUCCUGUUAAAGAAAUCACGGACAGCAUCAUCGAUCUGGUGAGCAAACACAGCGCGAACAGCUCCAUCAUCGGCUCCAUCGCUGAGGUCCGUGUUCAGCGCAGACAGCCGCAGAACCCCAACGUAGACUACUUGGUGCCACUGUUGGUGUCCAUAGUGACGGCGAUCUGGGUUUUGGCACUGGCGUCGGUGUUCCUGUGGUGCGUGCGGCAUCGACGCAAACAAAGCUCCAGCCCCACCGCCAUCAACCCCGCCGCCCCCUACUCCACGGGAAGCACAGAAGACAACACAGUGAACAACGCCCGCGAGCAGCUCAACCAGAUCAAGAACCACAUCGAGAAGAACGCGUCCAACGGCAGCCUGCCGGGAAAAGAGCUGCACUGCGACGACAAGAACAGCGUCAAUGCCAAAAUCAGGACGCAUUUCUCCGAACCCGCCAGACUAGCGCAAGAAGACUCCAGCAAGCAUCUGCAGAAGGCACGCUUUCCACGUCAGCCGGCCUACAUGCUGGUGGACAGGGACGACAGGCUGAGCUCCAACGGCACUGAUGUCAAAAAUCCUCACUGGACUAAUAAACGAGACAACAGAGACCUGGAGUCGCAGCACAGAGCUCCGGAUGCACAGCCAAGAGAUCUGGAUGCACAACACAGCUUGCACAAUAUGGAGUAUAUUGUAUAGUGGCCGAUGCUCGGCGUGGUAACAAUCAUUACUGCGUGAUGUCACGAAAGGUCAAGCGAAUGAAGACAUCUUUCGGAAUCAGAGUGCUGACUGUCGACUGUCACGACAAGGCCGGACAGUGUUUGUUCAGACGUUGCGGUCGGACCACGGGCUGGUCCGUUUUAUGGCAUCUGAAGGGCCUGAAGACGUUAACCUGUGCUGAACUUCUAGCCUAAAUCAGAAUGUACAGUAAUUGGCCAAAAUCUGCUAAUUGCGUGAAUCUCACCAAAACAUGUCCAGGUCAAAUUUCACCCUGAAUUCAUAGACAUUGUUGACAUUUGAAUGACAAUUACAGGCAUAGUUCACCCAAAAAUGAAAUUUCUGUCAUUGUUUACUCAGCCUCAAGUU